AGAAGAAUGGUGUUCAGUUGAAACAAAGAAAUUUCCUGUAAUGUCACGCACUUAUUAAAAUUGUUAAAAAUUUAAAAAUCUUUGGAAAUUAUUUUUUUGGAGAAAUUUUCAUUUUAAAGUUCUGACAAGAAUGUGCUGGCGGCGAGCAACAAAAACGUGGUGACCAGAACAGGGGAGCCGCGGUGCGAUGGAGCCCGACGAUGAGAAAAAAAAGAAGUUAAACGAUGACGUAGUGGUUUUUAUGCGCAAACGUAGCGAAACCGAAGCGCCGCGAUAUACCGCCCGACUGAAAACCUACGUCGAUUUCCAACAAAAGCGUCGGAGAGCAGCGGCCGCGCGCCGCCACUCUGAACACGGCCAUCACGAAAAGAAAAGCAACUCAACUACUAAAAAGAAAACUGAUGGCGACCUAAAAGAUAAAGCUCCGGACAAGCAGUACCUCUUUACUCCUUACAGAGAACAUAUCGGGGAUGAUGAAGACGGCAUGAGCAGGAGUGAUGAUGAGUGUUACAUGUUCGAAAGUCGUCGUGGCGGCAAGUACGUGCACCGAGCUCGUUCGUACUCCCAUCGGUCGGGGUCCAUCGACCCGGACGAUCCGUCUGACCGAGGGUGCCGCAGAAGGAAGAAAAAGAAGUGCCGUCGUCGUCGUCGUCGUCGCUCUUGUAAGAAGAAGAAGCGCCGUAAGAGUUGUCGUCGUAAGCGGCGUCGCAGCUGCAAACGCAAGCGACGCCGCAGCUGCAGCCGCAAGCGCCGUCGCUCGUGCAAACGCAAGAAGAAACGUUGUCCCCGCCGCCGCAGACGCCGCCGCUGCUGAUCAUAAAACUGUGCCCGUUAGGCCUGUGAAGGUUAAAUUUUCCGUGCUGUUUGUGUUCACCCUAUUAUACAUAUCUUUUUUUAUUAACUAUA